GAGGCUUUCUGCAUCUUUAUAUGCGCACACACUGAACACAUUUUUCAUAAUUUCAUUUAAGUGUAUGCACUUGCAUCGUGCACUGACGCGCAAACUCAAAGAAACAAACCAGAUCUCGAAGGAGUUUACAUGGUCGUAUGUGUAAUACAUCAAGAUGUUGGCUGUUCAUCUUGUUUCCUUCUUCUUCUCCAAACUCCAGGAGGACCCCACAAAGAAGGUGGACAGGUUUCUGUAUGCAAUGCGUCUCCAUGACGACCAGCUAAAGGACAUCUCGGCUCGUUUCCAGGCUGAGAUGAAGAAGGGGCUUUCAGCAGAAAGCAAUGUCACUGCAACAGUGAAGAUGCUGCCAACACAUGUCCGCUCCACUCCUGUUGGAUCAGAGAAAGGACAGUUUCUGGCGUUGGAUCUUGGAGGCUCCAAGUUUAAAGUACUCCAAGUUAAAGUGAGAGAGGGAAUGGGGAUUAGGAGGGGAGGAGUGGAGAUGGAGGAGAAGACUUACCCGAUACCUGGGGAGCUACUUGCGGGGAGAGGAGCAGAGUUAUUUGACCAUGUGUCAGAGUCUUUAAAGGACUUCCUUCAUGAGAAGAACAUCAGCUUGGAGAAGAAACAUCCUCUGGCCUUCACUUUCUCUUUCCCCUGUGAACAGUCCACCCUGGAUCAGGGAAAAUUGUUAAACUGGAGUAAGAACUACCAGGUUCGAGGCUUCCAGGGAAAGGAUGUGGUCCAGGCCCUCAGAGAAGCUAUUGACAGAACUGGGGGAAUGAAUAUAGAGGUGUUGGCUAUGGUUAAUGACACUGUAGCCACCAUGAUGACCUGUGGGUUUGAUGACAAUUACUGUGAAGUAGGACUCAUCAUUGGCACAGGCACCAAUGCGUGCUACAUGGAGGAGCUACGUCACGUUGACCUGGUGGAGGGAGACGAAGGCAGGAUGUGCGUGAACACUGAGUGGGGAGGCUUUGGAGAUGACGGGGCUCUGAACGAUUACAUCACUGAGUUUGACAAGGAUGUCGAUGCAGCCUCCAACAACCCUGGGAAACAAAUCUUUGAGAAGAUGGUCAGUGGGAUGUAUCUGGGUGAGUUAGUGAGGCUGGUUGUGUUAAAGAUGGCUAAACAAGGACUGCUGUUUGAUGGAUUUGUGUCCCAUGCCCUGAGGACCAAAGGAAAAAUAACCACUGCAGAUGUGGCAUCCAUGGAGGAGUACAAAAAUGGUCUGAAGAACACCAAAGACAUUCUCACGGGCCUUGACUUGAACCCUUCACCUGAUGACUGCAUCGCUGUCCAGCAUGUCACCACCAUUGUGUCCUUCAGGUCCUCAAAUCUAGUUUCUGCGGGACUGGCUGCCAUCUUGACUCGUAUAAAGCAAAAUCGGAAUUUGAGGGCAUUAAGGAUCACUGUAGGUGUGGAUGGAACAGUGUACAAGACCCACCCACAGUAUCCUAAACGCCUCCACAAAGUGGUGCGCCGGCUGCUUCCUGAGUGCCAUGUCAGAUUCGUCUUGUCAGACAGUGGCAGCAGCAAAGGAGCUGCCUUGGUAACAGCAGUCGCUCAACGACUGGCAUCACAGAGGCGAAAGGUGGAUGAGACACUGUCUCCCUUCAGACUGAGCCAUGAGCAGCUCCAGUUGGUGAAGGCCAGGAUGAGGACGGGGCUGGAGGCAGGACUAAAGACAAAAGGCCCCUCUGCUAUCAAGAUGCUGCCUUCCUUUGUGUACCAUACACCUGAUGGCACAGAGCAUGGAAAAUACCUUGGUCUGGAUCUGGGAGGAACCAACUUCAGAGCUUUGCUAGUGAAGUUCAAAAAAGGUCUUCAAAAUAACACUCGACUCUACCAUAAGCUCUACACCAUACCUCAGGAGAUAAUGCAGGGAACUGGAGAAGACUUGUUUGACCAUAUUGUGGACUGUAUUAGUGAUUUCCUGGACUACAUGGGUUUGAAAAACGCUCGUCUUCCUGCGGGCUUCACCUUCUCUUUCCCCUGCGAGCAGACGGCCAUUGACACGGGGACAUUGGUGAGCUGGACCAAAGGCUUCAAGGCCACAGACUGUGAAGGGCAUGAUGUUGUUAGCUUGCUGCGGGAGGCCAUCAAGAGACGCAAUGAGUUUGACUUGGACAUAGCAGCUGUAAUCAAUGACACAGUUGGGACCAUGAUGAGCUGCGCAUAUGAAGACCCUCAGUGUGAGGUUGGGCUGAUUGCUGGAACUGGCAGUAAUGUUUGUUACAUGGAGGAAGUGAGGAACAUUGAGAAGACUGAACAAAAGAAAGGACAAAUGGAAAGAGAAGAGGGGACGCCUGAAGGAGAGGGGGAUAAGCAGCAUGAUGGGACAGAAGGAGAGAAAAACCUGGGGGAUGCCAAGAUACAAAAGAUGUGUAUCAACACAGAAUGGGGAGGUCUGGGUGAUGAUGGCUCUCUGGAUGAUAUCAUCACACCUUAUGAUGUUGAAGUGGACCAAAACUCGUUUAACAACGGAAAACAAAGGUUUGAAAAGCUGACCAGUGGGAUGUAUUUAGGUGAAGUUGUCCGUCAGGUAUUACUGGAUUUGACCAGAGGGGGUUUGCUGUUCAGAGGACACGUCACUGAACCUUUAAAAACACGUGGAAUAUUUGAAACGAAAUACCUGUCACAAAUAGAGAGUGACCGCCUGGCUCUCCUGCAGGUCAGAUCUAUUCUCCAGGGGCUGGGGCUCGAAAGCACCUGUGAUGACAGCAUCAUUGUAAAAGAGGUAUGUGGAGCAGUGUCACGUCGCGCAGCUCAGUUGUGUGGGGCAGGAAUGGCGGCUGUGGUCGAUAAGAUCAGAGAGAACCGAGGACUGGACCAUCUCAACAUCACUGUAGGGGUGGAUGGGGCACUUUACAAACUACAUCCACAUUUCUCUGGAGUCCUCCAAGAGACUGCUAGAGUUUUGGCUCCUCAGUGUAACGUGACCUUCCUCCCAUCAGACGAGGGCAGUGGGAAGGGUGCUGCACUCAUCACAGCUGGGGCCAUACUGAAAAAGAAGAUGUAACUUCACAUACAAAAUUUUAUAUAUAUA